CAUUGCAAAGGGGAGUGACGCAGUUAUUGUAGAUCUGUAGGCACUCCAUGCUUUUUUUCGUAUGACCUAAAAUCAUUUUUUAUUUUAUUUCCUCCAUUAAGCUUUGGUCAUAUAAUCCUUCACACACAAAAAAAAAAAAAAACAUCGAAGAAGAGGGUUUUCCGACGUCAUCUCGGAGGCUGUAUGUCGCAUCCCUGCGCCCCUUGAAUUCGGAUGCCAUUCCGGUUGGAGGUUGCGGUAGAACCCGAGGACUGGAUGUGAGAACCAGAACGAAGCAUGCCGCAGCCCAAGUCACGAAAGAUCGCCAUCCUCGGGUACAGAUCCGUAGGAAAGUCUUCCUUGACGAUUCAGUUUGUCGAAGGCCAGUUUGUGGACUCCUAUGACCCAACAAUAGAAAACACGUUCACUAAAAUGAUCACAAUAAAUGGACAGGAGUACCACCUUCAGCUUGUAGACACAGCAGGGCAGGAUGAAUACUCCAUCUUCCCACAGACUUACUCCAUAGACAUCAACGGUUACAUUCUGGUCUAUUCUGUCACAUCUAAUAAAAGCUUUGAAGUUGUUCAGGUUAUCCAUGAAAAAUUGUUGGACAUGGUGGGAAAGGUUCAAGUUCCAAUUAUGCUGGUCGGAAACAAGAAUGACCUACAUAUGGAGCGAGUAAUCAGUUGUGAAGAGGGGAAAGCAUUAGCUGAAUCCUGGAACGCUGCCUUCAUGGAGUCCUCUGCUAAGGAGAACCAGACUGCCGUGGAGGUUUUUCGAAGGAUGAUCCUGGAGGCAGAAAAGAUGGAUGGCGGCGUGCAGCCGGGAAAAACAUCCUGCUCCGUGAUGUAGAGCCGCCCAAUCAACACACAGGACACUGCACUGGGAAAUCCCGUUACUUGAAGGCUAGCCGCCAGUUCUCCUCCACCUCAGCUGACUCCACCCCCAGGGUCCUAAACCAUUUAUGGCUCUGAUUCUUAUUUAUCAACAUUUCCCAUUCCCUUCUCGCAUCCCUUUGUUUUUUCUUUGUAUGUUUGAUUAAAAAAAAUAUUGGAGUGGUGGUUUCCUUGUCUGAUAUUCCCAUAUUCUCUGUGCUCAGCACUGAUGCAAGACCAUUAAACAGCCGAUGUAUCAGGAAAAAAACCCAUUCUUGUCUCAGAGAUACUUGUGGCUUGGUGCAUCUUCGCUUCUCGUUGUGCAGCUUCCAUUUAGGCUACAGUUCCUUCUCUGGUUGAAGAACACAGGAUGAGAGGGCCGCUGUGUGUGCCAUGCAUAAGAAAACAGUUGGAGCGUUUCUUCUGAUACAUCAGCAGCUGUUUGUGCCCUCUUUUCUACUCCAUCACCUCGUAGUUCCCUUCUCUGUCCCUCAGUUAGUUUCAUAUUGGUUAAUAUCAGCCAACAAAAGGAAAGAAGGAAAGAAAGAAAUCUGCAUCCAUUUUCUAAUGUUGAAAAUGUUGUACAAAUGUUUUUAAUUGUAAUCAUUAAAGCAAAAAGUGGUUAUGUAA